AACAAAACGAUUUAGAAAAAAUAUUUACAGAGGUUGAAAUAAUUUUGGAGAGUUUGGAUAGUUGCGAACAAUUUCCACAUGGAGAUGACUAUUUUACUGAACAAUAUGAAGCAACUUUAAACGUCAAGCACCACACCUCUUUGAAAAAUUCCGUUGCAACACGUUGGAACUCUCUGCUUGCAAUGAUUCAAAGCUAUACGAAUAAUAUAUCCACUAUAAAUGUAGCAUUAGUUAAAGCUAAAAAGGAACUGUUAGUGAUUGGGACAAUGGAAAAGCAAAUUAUAACGGAAUUUGGCACGUUUUUAAAAAUUUUUGAGGACGCCACAAAACACCUUCAAGGCCAAGAUUAUCCGACGAUAUCUUCGUGUAUUUAUUUUCAGGAAUCCAUUAUGUCCUCAAUGAAGAAUGAAGAAGAAAAAGCGUCUUUUGAACUAACAAUCAAUUUAUGCAAUUUCGCUGUGCAAAACUUCACGAAGCGAUUCAAAGUAUAUAGAAUGUAUGUUGUAGCUGCGCUUAUGGACCCAUGCCAAAAAAACUGGCCUGUUUUAGAUAAAUAUAUACUACAGAUACCCAAACAAUCGCCAAACUCCUUGGAACUUGUGCAUGAUGUUCUGUCUCCAAUUUCCAAGGAGAACUUGAUUAUGGAAGAAAUUGAAAAAUUAAAGGAAAUCGAUGACACAUUAUUAAAUGAGCCAUCAACGAGCACUGAACCAAAUGCAAAAAAACAGAAAAUAUCAGCUAGUCGUCAAAGAAUGUUGGAAUUUAUGGGACCAUCGCCUUCUAAUGUACAAAAUAACGUAGAGUUAGAAAUAAGAAAAUAUUUGGAAAUGAAAGUCGAGGCGGUCGAGCCUCUAGAUUGGUGGCGACAGAACAAACAAAUCUUUCCAAAUGUUGCUACUGUAGCAAAUAUGUGCUUUGGAAUUCCAGCCACAUCAGCAUCUUCAGAGCAAGCAUUUUCAUAUGCCGGGAAUUGUGUAAAUGCUAAGAGAAGCAACCUGCAUCCGGCAACAGUAAAGAAACAAUUGUUUGUUCACGAUAACAAGGCGGUCGUCGAACCAUUUUUAUCAAAUUAAAGUAUUUUUAUUAUAAUUUUUAAUGUGCUAUAAGCAACAAAUGUGCAUAUAAAUUUAUAUUUUCAUUUUUAUUUUAAAUUAAAUG